GGCAGCGGAGGAGGUGGGGGGGUGUUCCUGGGCACGAGGGCCCGGCGGUGCUCGCACGCGAACGCCAGCGCGCAUCACACGCUGCCCAGGCUCCACGGGGGAGGCAGCGGUGGUGUCGGUGGCGUCAGUGGUGGCGGUGGCGGCGGCAGUGGAGUCGGCGGUGGCGCCGGGGGAAUGGAUGCAUGUGCCAUGGACCCAUCGGCGAGGCGAGGCGGCGUGGUUCGCCCGCGCUGCGUGAGUCAGUGGACGCUGGGCACCACGCUGAGCCGGGGCCACACUCCGCACGGUGGUGGCGUUGGUGGCGGCGGUGUUGGUGUCGGGGGUGGCGCUGGGCAUGGCGGGGGUGGCGCCGCCGCGGGGGAGAGUGACAGCCACAGCGUGACGCCGUCGCAGGACACGGACAAGGGCCGCAGCAGCCUGGUGUCGGAGAGCGCGUCGUCCACGUAUGAGGAGCUGGCGCGCGCCUACGAGCACGCGCGCAUGGAGGAGCAGCUUCGCGACGCCACCUUCCAGAUCACCGAGUGCUUUGUGAGCGACCGCUCGUCCUCGCGGGCCUCCUCCUCACCGCUGCCGGCGCCACCGCCGCCGCCGCAGGCUCAGACACUGUCCGGCUGCCACCUGCAGAAGCAGCAGCAUGGGCAGCAGGCGCCACAGGGAGGCGGUGCAGACGCGACGGCCACGGGACUUGCCGGGGAGACGCCUCUGUCGGGCUCCACGUCCGGCUCCGAGUCGGGAAUCUGUCGCUUCACGGCAUCGCCGCCCUCGCUGCUGCCGGCGACGCGAGGAGGCCCCGGUGGGGGUGGCGGCACCUGUGGGGGGCCCACGCUCCGCACCAGCGGCAGCGCCAUCUCCGUUCCUGUGCCGCACCGCGCCGGCGAAUACUGUAACCUGCCUCUCUACCUGAAGGUGGACACGCCGCAUGGCGUCGCCACACCCGCGUCCACAACCCGACCCUUCCAGCCCGCACCACGUCGCUCAUGUGGGCCUCCUCGGCCCCAGCCCAUGCCACAGGCUCCACCGACCACCACCCUGCAGCAGCAGCAGCAGCAACAGCAGCAACAGCAGCAGCAACAGCAGCAGCAUCAGCAGCAACAGCAACAGCAGGCCGCGGUGCCCAUCAUGCAGCCUCAGCUAGUUUCUCUGCCUCCUGUCAGCUCAGCGUCGCGGGACUCCCUUCUAGGCGAGGCCGGAGGGCCCUUGGGCACCAGAGCGCAGGCCUACCCCAAGUCGUACACUCUCGUGUGAGCGAGCGAGCGAGCGGAAAGGCGGGUGGGCGACGUGUGAGCGAGCGGGCGACUGCUGCCGAGAUUGUGACGGCACCGGUGGUCGGUGUCGGGCGAGGGAGGAUCUUGGAACCUCUGUCCUUCAGAGGCACCGUCGAGCCACGUCGACCAUAAACCACCGUUAGCGAGCGACGCUCUUGUUAAGCAGCUUCAAUCUCAUCUCGUGCUGGUCCUCAGCUCUCUCCCUGCCUGGUCGCCAACUCAAUCUCAGCUGGUUCUCGACACGGUUUCAACUCGGAAUCAUUCACAGGUUGAACCCGGUCUCAGACUGGUCUCAACCCAUUCUAAACCUGGAGCCAUUCUGACAUAAACUUGGUUCCAUUGUGGCGUCAACGCAGUCUAAACCUUGACCCAUUCUGGUUUUCAUCGUCUCGGCCUGGUCUUAACGUGGUCUCAACCACGAGCCACUCUGGCCCAAAGCCAGUCUCCCUCCUGUUCCGUGACACCCGCAAUCUUCAUCCGAAAAGACGUGGCUUUUGAUUAAGAAAUGAACAUAUAUUUAUUAUAUUGUCAUUAUUCUUAUUACUGUAUGAUCAUUAUUGUUAUAAUUAUUAUUAUUGAAUGCUUGUUCUGGCUGAAUGCCACAGUUUUGAGCCGGGAAAGGUGGCUACUGUGGGCCGCACCUAGCUGCAGGGCAAUACCCAGCUCGCGAGGUGACGACGUUCAUUAUUAUUAAUAUUGUUUAAGGGAAUGCGUUACUCGUGUGUUAGGUGAUUUGUUUAUCUCAAGGGUUUCGCGGCCUCCCACUUACAAGCGUCUCCCCCCCCCCCCCCGUCGCCGGCAAGCGUCGUCCGUGUGGGGUGUGCGGCAUGACUGUGUGUGUAUGCGCGUGGCAGUGCGAGUGCUGUGAGGAGCGCUGUCCCAGUGGUUGUUAGUGAGCGCACCUGUGCUGUGAUCCCGUCGACCCGGGGUUCGAUUCCCGACCAACGGUGCGAGUGGUUGUCGCUGGUGGCAAGAUCGUUUUUUUGAAACAGGCCUGAGCCUCCCGCUAGGUCAGCUAAGCCAAAAAUGCUUACCAAGCCGGCGCGGUGUGUGCGGUCAACAUCACUGGAAAGCGGGGAGGUAACGGGCGGCGGCUGGGCGAGUGUGGUGCUGGUUACACCACCCCAUCGUGUGCCACUGUGCCAGCCUUAAUAGGUGCUCACUAAUAGCACUUUCCCCAGCGGCCUAUGAGGCUAAAGGGGGAUCUUUGUCUUUGAUAGGGGGUAGGGCAGGUGUUGGGGGAGUUUAGGGGGAGGAGCUGCGUGGUGGUGGUGGUGGUGGUCAGGGGGGGGGAGCAGGUGUGGUGGAGUGUUUUACGUUAUCACCGCGAACUUCGUUUUUGCCAUUUAAAAACAAAGGGAAGAAUCGAUUAUAAAAAGACAGAUGGCUACAAGAAUCUGUUGACGCCUUUGCAGCCCCCGAACAACAUGAAAUAAACCUUUUGCUGAUUUUA